AUGGAGUCAAUGGCUGAAUUCAAUGUCGGCAGUGUCAGAGCCCUCCUCUCUCCAGAAAACAUACUCUACCUGAUCAGUGUAUGGGUUGCACAUGGCAUUCUGACAGCUUUGUAUAACGCAUCACCGUUCCACCCGUUGUCCCGAUUUCCCGGCCCCAAACUGGCUGCUGCGACCUACUUGUAUGAAGCAUACUUUGAAUGGUGGCUGAUGGGAAGAUAUGGCCACGAGAUCAGGCGAAUGCAUGAGCGCUAUGGGCCAAUCGUCAGAAUCAACCCUCACGAGCUUCAUUGCUCUGAUCCAUACUUUACCGACGAGAUUUACGCCGGGGGCGGCCGCGUCCGCGACAAAUGGCAACACCAACUCAAUACUGGAGGCGCCGGUCCAGUGUCAGUGAGUGCUUUCUCGACUGUCGCUCACGAGGUCCAUCGUAUCCGGAGAAGCGCCUUGUCAAGGUUUUUCUCACGUCAACAAAUGCUCAAACUCGAAGACGAGGUACACGAGUUUGCCCAACUCCUGGUGAACAAGAUGUUACGCUCUGCUGGUAAGAAGCCAUUCGACAUCAAAGAAGCCUUCAACUGCUUUACCGCAGACAUUAUUUCCCAGUAUUGCUUUGGUGAGCCCAUGGGAUUCCUAUCACAAGAUGGCUGGGAGCCCAACUUUGCCACCAUGGUCAAGCCUUUUCUAAGGAACGCGUAUAUAAUGAGAUAUAAUGCACUUGCGAGAAAGCUUGCUGAUCUUCUCCCCUGGCUGGCUGAUUAUAUGGGCGAAGACAUCAAGGCCGUCGCGAGGCACAUGAAUGUUAUUAUUCCCGGAUAUAUCAAGGACGCCCUGGAUAACCCGGAAAAUGGAAGAGUGUUUGCAGACCUUGUGCAGUCGAAAACGCUGCCAGAGUCCGACAAGUCUAUGUAUCGACUUUCCGGCGAAGGGUCUGUUUUCUUGCUUGCGGGAACAGAAACCACCGCUACUACGCUCACGGUAAUCAUGUACCACCUUCUUGAUCAGCCUGCCAUUUAUGCGCGUUUGAUGGAAGACCUCCAGGACAUUGACCCUUCGAAUCUCAAAUGGAUUGAUCUUGAAGGGCGGCCUUACCUAUGGGCGGUCAUACACGAGGCCUUACGGAUGACUCCUGGCAUCUCGUCUAGGGCAGCCAGAAUUGCUCGUACCGAAGACCUAGUCUACAAAAGCCAAGAUGGCGAGGUCGAGUGGGUAAUUCCUAGAGGCACUCCUAUCGGCAUGACCUCCAUGAUCAACCACUGGAAUAAAGAACUCUUCCCAAGCCCCGACGAGUUCUUGCCCGAGCGAUGGUUAAUGAAUGGCCAGCCAAACCACAGACUUGAAAAGAUGUUGAUAUCUUUCGGCAAGGGUAGUCGUUCGUGUCUCGGCGAGAAGUGA